UCGAACUUCCUCUCCGACUUGCAAGGCCAUUUCACAAAAUCACGCAAAGCCCAUUUCAAGCCGAUCACGAAACCCUAAACCCUCGGCCCUCGGGGCAAUGUCGGCGGCGGCGGCGGCGGCGGGGGCAGCAUGCAGGAGAGCGUCGUACACGCUCCUCGGCCCUCCGGUGGAGCGCCUCCGCGCGGCGGUAUCGGCGACGGCGGCCGCGGCGUCCACCGGGGAUCCGUUCGUCGACCUGCUCGACUCCAACUACAACAAGCCCAAGCCGACGCCGCCGGCGAAGCGGCUCACGGAGAAUUACUCCCCGACGUUCGCCUCGUCGGGUGACCCCUGCCUUGACUUCUUCUUCAACGUCGUCCCCGACACCCACGCCUCCACCGUCACCAGCCUCCUCUCCGCCGCCUGGACCGCCGAGCCCAACACCGCGCUCCGCCUCGCCUGCAACCUCCGCGGCGUGCGCGGCACCGGCAAGUCCGACCACGAGGGCUUCUACGCCACCGCCCUCUGGAUGCACGACCACCACCCCAAAACCCUCGCCCUCAACGCCCCCAGCGUCGCCGAGUUCGGCUACCUCAAGGACCUCCCCGAGCUCCUCCACCGCAUCAUCCAUGGCGGCGUCUCCACGAGGACGCCACCCCCCGCCCGCACCAGAUCCUACUAUUCAAGCCGUCGCCCGAGGAAGGUGCGCCGCGACCCCGCCACGAGGGCGGCGCGCAUCGCCGCCAGCCAGGAGAAACACCGCAAGAUCUCGGAUCAGGCCGCCGUGGAGCGCAGGAAGAAGCGCGCGGAGGCGGCGGCGAGGGCCGUCGAGAUGUACGCCCGCGACCCCAAGUACCGCUUCCUCCACGACAGGACGGCGGAUCUGUUCGCCGACCUCAUCGCCGACGACAUGCGCAAGCUCGAGGACGGCAAGGUGAACAACCUCUCGCUCGCCAGCAAAUGGUGCCCUUCGCUGUACAAGUGCUACGACCGCUCCACCCUCCUCUGCGAGUCCAUCGGCCGCCGCCUCUUCCCCAAGGGCUCGGACGCCGAGCUCCCGGAGGACUUGCCCGACGAGUACUACGCCUACCGCGUCCGCGAGCGUCUCCGCAAGAUGGCGCUCGUGCCGCUCCGCCGCGCGCUCCAUCUCCCCGAGGUGUACAUCUCGGCGCGGCGGUGGGGGGACGUGGUGUACUCGCGCGUGGCCUCCGUGGCCAUGAAGAACUACACGGACCUCUUCCUCGAGCACGACCACGAGCGCUUCAACCUCUUCCUCGCCAACGUCAAGACCGGCAAGGCGAAGAUCGCCGCGGGCGCCCUGCUCCCGCACGACAUCCUGGCCUCCGUCGACUCGCACGACAAGGAAGGCAACGAGGUCGCCAACCUGCAGUGGAAGCGCAUGGUCGACGACCUGCUGGAGCUCGGCAAGCUCAACAACUGCCUCGCCGUGUGCGACGUGUCGGGCAGCAUGAACGGCCGCCCCAUGGACGUCUGCGUCGCGCUCGGCCUCCUCCUCUCGGAGCUCUGCGACGAGCCGUGGCACCACCGUGUCAUCACCUUCAGCGAACGCCCCCAGCUGCACCACAUCAAAGGCGAGACCCUGUACGAGAAGGAGGAGUUCAUCCGCGAGAUGGAGUGGGGCUUCAACACCGACCUCCAGGCGGUGUUCGACCAGCUGCUCCACGUCGCCGUCUCCGGCAACCUGCCACCGGAGCGGAUGGUGAAGAAGGUGUUCGUGUUCAGCGACAUGGAGUUCGACCAGGCGUCGUCAAGGGCAUGGGAGACCGACUACGAGGCGAUCACGAGGAAGUUCAACGAGGCCGGCUACGGCGGCGCGAUCCCGGAGGUGGUGUUCUGGAACCUGAGGGACUCGUGCUCCGUCCCGGUGACCGGGAACAAGAAGGGGGUGGCGCUGGUGAGCGGCUUCUCCAAGAACAUGCUCAAGCUGUUCCUCAGCGGCGGCUACGAGAAGAUGACGCCGCGGGCCGUCAUGGAGAGGGCCAUUUCCGGCCGGGAGUACGAGAAGCUCGUCAUGUUCGACUGAUCUGAUCGGUACGCAUUAACCGAAUGAAUCCCCGUCGUUUUGCAGCGUCUCUGUUAGUUUAGCUUUGUGUUUUUCUCUUUCUGUUUGUCAUCAAGGACGGCUUGGAAACGGAAAUAAAUCCUAAAUUCUUAGCUUAAUUUUUUUUUUGUUAUAGAUUUGCUUUAUGUUUUUCAAUGAAACUUAGAAAUUUCAUCCAUUGCUUUGAUC